UCUGUCAUUCCAUCCGAUCAAGAUUAAAUAGGCGAUUUUUGUGUUCGUGCUGUUUUUAAUGUUAUUAGACCACGAAAAGACAAAAUUAAUGACAUCUAGACCAAGUUGAAGUGAUUCGGAUCGAAAAUUUCGAAAAUGGCACGUGAUUACGACCACCUGUUCAAGUUACUGAUAAUCGGCGACAGCGGCGUCGGCAAGAGUUCUUUGCUGUUAAGGUUCGCUGAUAACACAUUUUCAGGGAGUUACAUAACCACAAUCGGUGUAGAUUUUAAGAUAAAAACUGUGAGUCUCGAUGGGCAGAAGGUGAAGUUGCAGAUAUGGGAUACGGCAGGACAGGAAAGAUUCCGCACCAUAACUAGCACGUAUUACAGAGGGACUCAUGGGGUUAUAGUAGUGUAUGAUGUUACAAAUGGAGAAUCAUUUGCCAACGUCAAGCGGUGGCUGCACGAAAUCGAACAAAAUUGUGAUGUAGUUAAUAGAGUAUUAGUGGGUAACAAAAAUGACACUCCAGAUAGAAAGGUGGUCCUGACGGAAGACGCCCAACGUUUUGCCGACACAAUGAACAUUCAGUUGUUUGAAACAUCAGCCAAAGACAAUAUAAACGUGGAGGAGAUGUUUAUGGCGAUAACACGACUAGUGCUUAGGUCAAAACAAGAGAUGAAGGAGCGACAAAACAUUACGCAAAACGAUACAGUAAAUUUAAGGAAAAGUAACAAACAAGGCAAGAAAAAGUGUUGUUAGUUAUUAUAAGGGGUGUUCGAAUGAUUGCCGUGGGUGAAUGUUUAAAAUUUUAUGUUGCGGCUAGUUCCUAAUGGCUUUAAUUGGAAUGUAGGUGCUUCCACAUGGUCACUGAGUGCAAGUGCGUGUCAUAAAAUCAAAAGCCAAAUGCAGAAAAAAAUAUUCUUUCGUUAUGCUCAAGUAUUGUCUGGUUGAAUACCCUGUAUAUAAUGUAUAAUAAUAUAUAAAAGAAUGUAUUUAUUUUAUAGUCAGUUUUGUCUCAGUUUUCUUUCAACUACCUAGCAUAUCAUCGGCUUAUAUCUAAUCAGAAAUGACAAUACACAAGACCAAGAGCUGAGUUGAUUGUUGUGCUCUCUCGAAGGUUACAACCGAUCUAGUAUAAUUUAAAAUAAAUUUCACAAUAGCUCUGCAUUUAUUUCAUAUUUUUGUACAGAUCGUAUUUGUAUCAUGUAAUGUAAUUUACCUUCAGUAAAAAUGUAUCUUUGUUGUGA